UGUUCACUACGAUCAUCAAGAAGAACUCGAAAGACGAAACUCAAACUCAAACGAUGACUUCUUCAAACCAAUCAACAACCAGCCAACAUCCCUUACGACCAUACUACCAGCCACGAGCCCAGCACUCCACUAGCACCCAGUGGCAGACCACCACAACAGCAACAGCAACAGCCAGACCGACGAUCCAAGACCUGAUGGCCUCCUCGCCAUCCUCUUCCUCAUCCUUGCUACUACGACCAGCCCAUCCGAGCCCCUCCUCCUCAUCGAUCAUCACCGCCUACGACUUGGACCUCCGAACGACCGCCUCCUCCUCCUCCUCCUCGCUCUCGCUCAUCUUUCGUGGCUACCUUAGCGCCGGAAUGCUCGCGUUUACCUCCGCCGCUAUGGUCAUGCCCUUCGAGGUCGGCAAAACUCUCCUCCAGGUCCAGUGGAUCCCGCUGUCCGAUAGCGAUCAUCCUCCUCAUGUUCCUGAUCAGGAGGACUAUCUGGAUGAGGCUGAGGAGGAGGAGGAGGAAGAGGAUGACGAGGAAUCUCUGGAUGCUUAUUUCACCCAAGUCAAACCGACACUAAGGCCCUCGAUAGGCUCGACGAUCUCGAAGCGGACGAUCUCUGGCUCGACGACGAAUACGAGCAAGAAGAAGAGGGGGAGGAAGAGUAAUGAGAUGGGGGGAGGAGGACGGGAGCGAUUUCCGGAAUGGGUCUUACCCGUAGUGGUCGAGCGUGGGGUGACGGAGAUGAUCCGGGCGAUCAGUCGGUGGCGGGGGGAAGGCUUCCUAGGGCUAUGGAAGGGCCAACUGACGGCGUUCGUCAUCGACACCGCCUCGGCGAAGGUCCAGCCGGUGUUCUUGAGCGCGCUCUCCUUCUUCGCCUCCGCCGCCAAUCUUUCAACCUCCACCACCAACCUCAGUACCAGUCUUCUUCCGCUCGAGCAUUAUGCCUAUCCCGGACUACCGCUCGCACUCGCCGUCGGCUCCUAUCUCGCCACAGGACUUCUGCUCGCCCCCUUGGACUUGAUCCGCACCCGGCUCAUCGUCCAAAGCUCCCAACUCCGUCAUCGCACCUAUUCCGGGCCCCUCGAUGGCCUCAAGAAGCUCCUCCACGACUGUCGUACCAAACAUCCCGGCGGCGGAAUCAAGAGCCUCUUCCUCUCCCCCACCCUCUUCUUCCCCGCCUUCCUCGAUAACUUACUCAGACCGCUUUUCCAUCUCGCCACGCCUCUGUUCAUCGAUCGCUAUUUGAACCUCGAUCGCUCCCACGAUCCGGUCCGAUUCGCCCUGGCCGAAUUCGCCCUCUCCUCAACCGCGCUCCUGUUCCUCUUGCCGCUCGAAACGAUCCGAAAACGUCUCCAACUUCAAUUUCCCUCUUCUUCCCCUGCUUCUUCUUCUUCUUCUUCAAAUCUGGACGAUGAUCAUAGUGGGGAUAGUGGGUUUAAGGCGUGUGUGAGACUGAGACCUCGGCCGUAUAAUGGGAUCGUGGACGCCGUCUAUCGGAUCAUCGUCGAAGAAAAAUCGGGCUUGGGCGCCCUCUUUCGUGGUUUCAACGUCGGAGUCACCGCUAACUUUCUCGUCUUUCUUUUGACCGUCGUUGGGAAUCAUCCAACUCAUCAUUCUGCCGGUACCCUCUUUUCUUCUACUGGGAACGGUGGGAGUGGUGGGUGGGCUGAGGUUUAAUUUUUUUUUUCCUUCUUUACUUUUAUUUUGUUUGGUUUCUUAUCUUCCACAUAUUAUUUAUUUGAUUUUUGGAUUUUACUUUUUCGUUUGUUUGGUUGGUUGGUUGGUACGAUUACUUACAUAUUGAUUUAUUUUAAUCAAUCUUUCUUUUCAUGUUUGAUCAACUCAAUCAAUCACUCAAUCACCCCCACUCAAUCAAUCAAGAAUAAUUUCAAAUGUUCCCUGUUGUAAGAUUCAUCUUACAUAUUUUGUACAAGUCACCACUCUAGUUUUCUCUUUUUAUUUUAUUUACAUCUUAAUCAAAAAAACCAUGCAUUGCAUUUUUUUUUCUUCUCAUGGUAUGGAUGAAGUUGUUGGGAUGGGGUCGAGACUUUUCGAUCCUUUGC